AUGACUAGCGGAUCAGAAGAACCCCUAGAUAUCCCCACGUUUGAGGAUGUGAAAGAGGCUUCAGAGAUUCUAAAUGGUGUGGCAAAUCGGACUCCUGUCAAUACCAGUCGAACACUCGAUGAAGAACUUGGAGUCAAGUGUUUCAUGAAAUGCGAAAACUUCCAAAGAAUGGGAGCCUUCAAAUUCAGAGGCGGAUACAAUGCUCUUUAUCAUUUGUCCCAAGAGGGAAAAGGAAAAUCAGUUGUGACCUACUCAAGUGGUAACCACGCACAAGCGGUGGCACUUUCGGCAUCUUUGCUCGAUAUGGAUGCUACCAUUAUUAUGCCGUUGGAUGCACCCAAGAACAAAGUUGCAGCCACGAAAGGCUAUGGCGGAAAUGUAAUUUUCUACGACCGAUACAAAGAGGAUCGUGUGGCCAUUGCCAAGGAAAAAGCAAAGGCAGGAGCCACCAUCAUUCCACCAUACGAUCACAAACACGUUGUGGCAGGUCAAGGAACGGCUGGAAAAGAGCUAUUAGAAGAGUUGCUGGAUAGAGGUAUCACACUAGACUAUCUCUUUGUUUGUGUUGGAGGGGGCGGUUUGAUCAGUGGGUGUUCACUUGCUGCUGGUGAGCUGGCACCCAACUGCAAAGUUAUUGGGGUAGAGCCAGAAGCUGGCAAUGAUGCCCAACGGUCAUUGGAGACAGGCCAAAUUGUGACGAUCCAACCGCCAAAGACCAUUGCCGAUGGUGCCCAAACACCAUUUAUUGGCAAGAUUCCAUUUGAGAUUAUUAAGAAGAGAGUCGAGAAGAUUAUCACUGUUUCCGAUGAGGAACUCAUCCAAGGCAUGAAAUACUUUGGUGAGCGCAUGAAAAUGAUAGUAGAACCCACUGGUUGCCUCGGCCUUGCGGGACUUCGGAAACUAGUCAAGGCUGGAGAAAUUCCUGCUGGAAGCAACUGUGGAGUGGUCAUUUCGGGUGGCAACGUGGACAUGGCUAGAUACUGUGAUCUCAUUUCAACGUAG